UGUUUUUGUCUGGUGACGUAGAGGACGAACGCUGUAGAGGUCGCGCGGCGUUUACACCGGGCGUUUCCGGGGCUGUGAAAUUGCGUAUGGGUUGUUUCCUGCUUCGAGUAGUAACUGCUCCUUAUGGCAAACAAGCUGCCGAUGGAGUCUGUCUGUAGUACUGCAGGGGAGCCAAAGCUCAGACAUGUAGAAAAGGAUAUUUUGAUUCCAAAAAUAAUGAAAGACAAAGCCAAGGAGCUGUGUUCUGAACAAGUGAAAGACUUUACCAAAUGUUGCAAAGACACAGGUUUUCUUAUGGUGGUAAAGUGCCAAAAGGAAAAUAAACUCCUGAAAGAAUGUCUCACUGGCUAUGUAGCAGAUUCUUCAUAAAAGAAUACAACUCUUCAUGGUGGACAUUUUGAGGAGGAAUAUCUAUACCCAGCCAUUCUCCAGUUAUGUUAAACUAUAACUCUCAGUAUUUCCAGCCAACUGGGCUAUGGUGGUCUAUGAUAAUGGGAGCUGUUGGCCAAACACACUGGGGAGACAAAGUGUUGUGUUGUACUUCAUUAUCUAAGAUCAGAAUCACUUAUGUAUUGCCAUAUAUUUGAAAGCUGUAGAAUUGCUAGAGUUAUUCAGAAAGUUCAUGAUAUAUGAAAGAUACUUAUAUGUAGUCUCUCUAUUUUUAAAAUGAUUUGAUUUGUAGCAACAAUACUGAGCAUUAAGGGAAUGUUAAACAAAACCAAACAGAUAACUUAAAACAAACCCAAAAAUAAAAAAUCCUAUGUUGUAAGGAAAAUUUAAAAAAUACAUAAAUAAGAUUUAGUCUUGGGGAAAAAUACUAUUUUGGAUAGGAAUUCUUCCAUUUAUUUUUUUAAAAAAUUCCAAAGUUAAAAAACUUUCAAAAUGUUUUUUUUUAAUUACAUUAAGAUAGCCAAUAUGGAGGGAUCUGAAAUGUUCUGUACUACUAUGGAGUAUUAAGUUAGGUGUCACAGCAAAAAAGGAAAAGGUGGGGCUAGGACAAAAUGUAAAUUUAAUUACAUGUAUCAGGUUCUGUAGUUCGAAACUUCAGAAUACUGUUUACCAGAAAUGUCAGAGAAUAGUUACAGGCAAGUAUCUGGUUAAAUAAAUAAGAAUUCUAUUUAGAAUACAGGUAGUCUUCGCUUAAUAGUGGUAAUUAGGACCAACAACUAAGGGUUAAUGAAUGUAAAGCAACAACUUUUGACAGUGGUUGUGAUCCUUCCAAUUGCCAUCAUUAAGUGGAUUUUGCAUGGCUACAUCCUGUGGGUAUGUGAUGACUAUUUGCAAUCUCCUGCCAGCUUUCCCCAUUGAUUUUGCCAGCAAUAAAAGUCACAAAUGGCUGUGACGUAACUAUAGGAUCACUGCAGCUAUCAUAAUUAUGAAUCAGUUGCCAACAUUCUAAUCACAAUGAAAUCACUGUGGAGAUGCUGUGAUGGCUAUAACUAUGGGGACCUGUCAUAGGUUCCCUUUCAUAACUUUGGUCACUGAAAUAGUUGGUAAGUAAGUGAAGACUACCUGUAUUCUUUCUCUUCCCUGUGGGGAAGUUUAUUCUUCUAUUACUGAAAUUGCACCUGCUGGGUUAUAUGCUUUUGUUUUCAUAGACAAAAAUUGUUUACUUGUGCCUAUGAAUUCUCCAUAUUACGGCUUUUCAAAGCAUUUCACAAGGUCCAACAUUAAUCCCCCUUCCAUGGUUUAUUGUGACAUCUACAUCCUCCAGAAGGUUCAAUGUAACAGUAGCUGCUUUGAGAGUUUCCCCAGGGGCUUUCCCAUUCAUGUUUGUGUACAAGGACUUGGUUUCCAGUCCAAAGGAAAAUGUUUGUGCAUGCAAAGAAUACCUGUAAAGUAUCCAGGACUGCCUAAUAGAGCCUUCAAUAGGACAUGGGUGCAGGGUUACAUCAUACAUUUUUAUAAUUCCAUGUAUUGUUUUUCCUAAGUAUUUUUCAUUUCAUAUACACCUCAUAUUUAUGUGUUUAAGUAGACAAUGAAGACACAGAAUUCUGAAAAUUAAUGUCCCUCAUAGAGAAUUAUUUUUGAGGUAUUUUGCCAUAGCAGAUAGGUUCUCAUUUAAACAUUUAAGGCUGAAGUGAUUUGCAUUUCUAUAAAAUACCGUGUUUCCCGAAAAUAAGACCAAAUCUUAUAUUAAUUUUUGCUCCAAAAGACACUUUAGGGCUUAUUUUCCGGUUAUGUCUUAUUUUGGGGGAAAUACGGAACAAAAUGCGGACGAUCUUAAUUGGGGCUUAUUUUGGGGGUAGAGUUUAUAUUACGAGCAUCCUGAAAAAUCAUGCAAAGGUUUAUUUUCCGGUUAGGUCUUAUUUUCAGGGAAACAGGGUAUAUACUUUAAUUGGUAUUAGAGGGUUCCCAGCACUAUUCUUCUUGCUCUAUACAUUUUCUAUGUAAUUGAGUGAAGAAAUUAAUGCACAUAUUUUGCCUAUUU